AUGGCAGCCUGGCGGGGCGCGAGCCUGUGCGUGCGCUGCUGUCCUGCGCGGGGCCGGCGCCUGGCGCACGCGGGGCCGGCGCCGCGGCUGCAGCGCGAGUACGACGCCGUGGUGAUCGGGGCAGGGCACAACGGGCUGGUGGCGGCUGCCUACCUGCAGCAGGCCGGGCUGCGCACCGCCGUGCUCGAGAGGCGCCACGUGCUGGGCGGUGCCACCGUCACGGAGGAGAUCGUGCCAGGUUUCAAGUUUUCCCGGGCGUCCUACCUGCUCAGCCUGCUGCGYCCGCAGAUAUACAGCGAGCUGGAGCUGCAGCGGCACGGCCUGCGGGUGCUGCCGCGGGACCCCUACUCCUUCACGCCGCUGCUGGAGGCCGGGAGCCGCCCGCGCUCCCUCCUCCUGGGGCACGACCUGGCGCAGAGCCAGCAGCAGAUCGCCCAGUUCUCCCCACGGGAUGCUCAGGCUUAUCCCGCGUACGAGGCCUUCAUGGGAGGCCUCGUGGCUGCCAUGGAGCCGCUGCUGGAUGCUGCCCCCGUGGACCCCGCUGCGCUGGGCCAGGGCUCCCUGCUGCAGCGGCUCAGGGCGCUGCGAGCCCUGCGGCCCCUGCUGCGGGCAGGGCUGGCCAUGGGGCGGCAGCUGCCCCGCUACUACGAGGUGCUCACGGCCCCCAUCUCCAAGGUCCUGGACCAGUGGUUYGAAUCGGAGCCGCUGAAGGCCACCCUGGCCACGGACGCGGUGAUCGGCGCCAUGGCGAGCCCGCGGAGCGCCGGCAGCGGCUACGUGCUGCUGCACCACGUGCUGGGCACGCUGGAGGGCCGCCGCGGCGCCUGGGGCUACGUGGCGGGCGGCAUGGGCGCCCUGGCCGCGGCCAUCGCCGGCGCGGCGGCCGCCCGCGGGGCGCACGUCUUCGCCGACAAGCCCGUGAGCCGUGUGCUGCUGGGCCGGGACGGGCGGGCGCAGGGGGUGGCCCUGCGCGACGGCACGGAGGUGAGGAGCAGAGUGGUGCUGUCCAACGCCUCCCCGCAGCUCACCUUCCUGGAGCUCACGCCCCGGGAGCGGCUGCCAAAGGACUUUAUCCAGCGCAUCCAGCAGAUUGACACGCGCUCCCCGGUCACCAAGAUCAAUGUGGCCGUGGAUCGGCUGCCCAGCUUUCUGGCCGCCCCCAAUGCCCGCGAUGACCAGCCCCUGCCCCACCACCAGUGCUCCAUCCACCUCAACUGCGAGAGCAGCGAGCUCCUGCACCGGGCUUUCGCCGAGGCCAGCGACGGGCGCCCCUCCAGCAGGCCCAUGAUYGAGCUGUGCAUCCCGUCGGUGCUGGACCCGGGGCUGGCGCCGCGCGGCUGCCACGUCGUGUCGCUCUUCACGCAGUACACGCCGCCGGUGCUGGCGGGCGGGCGGCCCUGGGACCAGGCGGCCCGCGACGCCUACGCCGACACGGUGUUCGACUGCAUCGAAGCCUACGCCCCCGGCUUCAAGGCCUCCGUCGUGGGCYGGGACGUGCUGACGCCGCCAGACCUGGAGAGGAUCUUCGGGCUGCCCGGCGGGAACAUCUUCCACGGAGCCAUGUCUCUGGACCAGCUCUACUUUGCCCGCCCGGCGCCGGCCUAUUCGGGCUACCGGUGCCCGGUUCCAGGCUUGUACCUGUGCGGCAGCGGAGCCCACCCUGGAGGGGGAGUGAUGGGGGCCGCAGGACGCAACGCAGCCUGCGUGGUCCUUGAGGACUUCAAGCGGCUGCAACGGCAGCGGUGA